GUUGUGGCGCCUCUUGGCCUGUUCUUCCCGGUGCCGUUGUGGGAGAGGAGAAGGCGGCGGGAAGGAGAAGGCGGCAGCGGUACCGUCCCGUGCGGCCCUGGUGGGAGCACAGUCUUUCUCCUAGGUCAUUUUGAAGCACAAAAGCACCAACCAUGGAUUUCCAGCACCGACCGGGAGGCAAAACGGGCAGCGGAGGCGUCGCCUCUGCCUCAGAGAGCAACAGAGACCGCAGAGAGAGGCUGAGGCAGCUGGCCUUGGAAACGAUCGAUAUCAAUAAGGAUCCUUAUUUUAUGAAAAACCACUUGGGCUCUUACGAAUGCAAGCUUUGCCUGACGCUGCACAACAACGAGGGAAGUUACUUGGCGCACACCCAAGGGAAAAAGCAUCAGACCAAUUUAGCUCGUCGAGCCGCCAAGGAAGCCAAGGAAGCCCCAGCUCAGCCCGCCCCGGAGAAGGUGAAGGUGGAAGUGAAGAAGUUUGUGAAAAUCGGCCGGCCGGGUUACAAAGUGACCAAGCAGAGAGAUCCAGAGAUUGCCCAGCAAAGCCUCCUCUUCCAGAUCGACUACCCAGAAAUCGCGGAAAGUAUCAUGCCUAGACAUCGCUUUAUGUCUGCGUAUGAGCAAAGGAUCGAGCCCCCCGACCGGCGCUGGCAAUACCUGCUGAUGGCCGCUGAGCCCUAUGAGACCAUUGCCUUCAAGGUACCCAGCAGGGAGAUCGACAAAGCCGAAGGCAAGUUCUGGACUCACUGGAACCGAGAAACGAAGCAGUUCUUCCUCCAGUUCCAUUUCAAGAUGGAGAAGCCGCCGGUGCCCCAAAGCAUCCCCGCUGGACCAGCCACUGUGAAGAGGCCCCCGCCGCCACCCCUGAUGAACGGCCUGCCGCCCAGGCCACCGCUGCCUGACUCCUUGCCACCCCCUCCUCCCGGGGGCAUGGCCAUGCCUCCGAUGCCUCCCCCCACUGGGCCCGUGCCCUUGCCUCCGGGGCCACCGCAACUCCCGCCGGCUCCUGGCGUCCCGCCUCCCGCUCCCAUGCCCCCGAUGCUGAGACCCCCUCUGCCUACGGAAGGACCCGGGAACAUCCCUCCCCCACCACCCACCAAUUGAAAAGUGUUUUGGGAACUCUCGGCUUUUGUAGCACCCCUUUUCCAACAGCGCCGUCUCGUUUCUGCACCUGUGUCUUUUUUUUUAAAACGCAGCAGUGACUCUGUUCAGGAAUCCUGUCAUUUCAUUAAAGAAGACAUGUCUCUUUUUCGUC